AUCAUCGUUUCCUGUCUAGUACGUUAUGUAAACUAUUUCGAUGUUUACUGUUUUAUAGAUUGACAAUAAAAUUACUUUUCAUUCAAUUUGUCUUUGUUACUCUGUCAUUUUGAAUCCUCUGGUUUAACCACAUAAUGUGACCAUGUUCACAUAAAUCUGUAAAAUAAUAUUAUAAUAAUGUUCAUCAAUAUGCCUGUUUAGAAAAUUAAAAACAAAAAAAUGAGCAGCCGGCCCCCAACUAAACGUCGCAGGUCCCGAAAAUCCAGCCAACCUGAACGCCUCAUUCUGAUGACCCCUAAGACAAAGGACUUUAUCCAGAAGAUCUGCUAUAAAAAAACCGCUUCUAUCGACAUGACCCAGUAUGGUUUUAUCACUGAAAGUAGAAUGGGACCGAUCAAUGUUUACGUCAAACCAUUGAGAGAUCAGAUCCAGAAGAUUUUAGAAACGUCUAACACCAAGGAAGUUAAAACAAUGACUUCGAGGAGAAAAUCACGGCUGCCAUCGUCGCCGCUAUCAGAUCCCACCUACAGCAAACUUAACGAAUCAAAAACUGACCCAUCUCAACCCAGUAUUGAAUCUCUAAACAAAUUCAUGAUAGCUAAAUUACAGAAGAAAUCCGUUGUAUUUUCAUUGUAGACACUUUCUAAAAUGUUAUAUAAGUAAAUAAUAAUAAUGUUAUAUAAUUAAUAAUAAUAAUAUUCAUAUUUAUUUCAAUAAUAACUAAUGUAUGAACAUGUAUUUAUAAUACAUUUAAUAAAUAUUUUA